AUGUUCAAAAAAUUCGACGACAAAGAGGAUGUGACCGGAACCACUCAACUCAAAUCUAGUAUUCAAAAGGGAAUCCGAAAGAAGUUGAUCGAGAAUUAUCCGACACUUGAACCAUAUUUGGAGGAGAUUUUGCCGAAAAAGGUGGGGAAUUUUGGGAAAAUUCAUAAAAUUUGAAAAAUGUUGAUAUGAAAUAUGACUAGGGUACUGUAGAUCACAGAAUUUUGAGACCAAAUAUGAUGACCUUUGAGCUACAGUAACCCCAACUGCAAAGAGUACUGUAAAUCACGAAAUGCUCUGCAUUUUGAGACGAAAUAUGGCUGGGUUACUGUAGAUCAUGAAAAUUCUGUGAAUUUUGAUACCAAGUUCGUUGAUUUUGAGCUACAGUACCCGAACUGCAAGGAUUACUGUAUAUCUGAGAAUUAGGAAUAUUUUAAGACCAAAUUCGUUGAUUUUUGAGCUACAGUAAUCCGGACUGCAAGAGGUACUGUAGAUCAAUACAGUACCCCAAACCUAGCCAAUUUAGGUCUUAAAAAAUCGAGAAUUUUCUGAAUUACAGUAACCUAACUACCGUACUCCCCAAUUUUUUUGCAGGAAAACUUCAAACUCAUCAAAUGCAAAGAUCACGUGGAAUUAUUAGCCGAUCAUACUGGAGUGGUUAGAUUUGUCAAAACUCGAAACACAGACUUCAUUCCCACAUUGCGCACUUUACACAAAUAUCCCUUCAUUUUGCCGCAUCAACAGGUGAGGUUUUAGCCUGGAAAUCCGCGAUUUUCGGCUGAAAAUCUGAAAAUUUCAGCAAAACGUGACCCAAAAACAUGUUUUCUGACUAAAAAAUGCGAUUUCCAGCCAAAUUCCAACCUGAAAUUAAUUUCAGGUCGAUAAAGGUGCGAUCAAAUUCAUUCUGAAUGGUUCUUCGAUUAUGUGCCCUGGUCUGACGUCACCUGGCGCCAAAAUGACACCAUUGGUUCCCAAGGAUACUGUGGUGGCAGUGAUGGCUGAGGUAGGGCACGGUUUUGUUGGCGGGGCUUAAUUUUUUCGAAAAUUUUGCGGCACGGUUUUCUUCCUCCAGAAACCCAUUUUUAUUUGAUAUUUCUCGUAGGUCCUAAGCCCCGCCCACCUUCUGCAAUUUCACCGCACACUUUUUUUGUUUUGCAGGGCAAAGAAAACGCGUUGGCAAUCGGUCAAAUGACAAUGAGCAGCGAAGAAAUUCAAUCGAUAAACAAGGGAAACGGAAUCGAGAAUGUGCAUUAUUUGAACGACGGAUUGUGGCAUUUGGCUGAAAAACCAUUGAAUUAA